AUGACUGAAGCUCCCGCUGUAAAACAGCCUACAUGGUUUCCUCCACGCCCCAUUGAAGGCCUAACAGAAUAUUGGGAAACGCAUUACCCGCUUCGUCUAUACAAUAGCAUGACGCGCACCAAGAACGCUUUCGUACCGAUGAAGGGCAAACGUGUUCUCUGGUACAUGUGCGGCCCCACAGUGUACGACCAGACACACUUAGGUCAUGGCCGUACGUAUACAUGCUUUGACUAUGUUCGUCGCAUUAUGGAGGACUAUUUUGGUCUAGAGGUGGAGCUAGUCAUGAAUAUUACGGACAUUGACGACAAGAUCAUUUUACGUGCUGCGGAGACUGGCUGGCUAGCGUCGAACCCCGGCAAGGAGCUGCCCAAGGAUAAGGACGAAAAAGACAAGUUUGUUAUGCAGUGGGCUGCACAACAGUCUGCUGAGGAUAAUAUGUUUCGUACUUGCGAAUUGUCCAAGUUCUGGGAAAAGUCGUUUCUGGACGACAUGGCAGCACUCAAUAUCAAGACUCCCACUGUCAUUACUCGUGUGAGUGAGUAUGUGCCAGAGGUGGUGGAGUUUGUUGAGGGUAUUAUUAAGAAUAAUUUUGCUUACGAGAGCAAUGGAUCUGUCUACUUUGACACGGCGGCUUUUGGACGCUCAAAAGGUAAGGCAUACGGUAAGCUUUUACCGGAAAAUGUUGGAAAGUCGGAGCUGCUCGCGGAAGGUGAAGGUGUGCUGUCUACCGGGCAGACGGACAAGCGCAAUGCCAGCGAUUUUGCUUUGUGGAAGAAGUCUAAGAUCGGUGAGCCGUUCUGGUCCUCGCCAUGGGGUGAUGGACGGCCAGGAUGGCACAUUGAAUGCUCAGCUAUGGCAAGUGACGCGCUAAAGCACCUUGCUGGCGGGAGAAUCGACGUUCACUCUGGUGGUAUUGACCUGCGUUUUCCACACCAUGACAACGAGAUUGCGCAGUCCGAGGCGUACUUUGAUUUUUCGCAAUGGGUCAAUUACUUCGUGCACACAGGCCAUUUGAACAUUGAGGGUUUGAAGAUGUCGAAAAGUUUGAAAAAUUUUGUAAAAAUACAGGAAGCGCUGUUGGACAACUCGCCACGCCAACUGCGCUUCCUCUUCUUGCUUCACAAGUACAACAUGCCCAUGGACUACAACGACAACUCGAUGGACGAGGCCGUGGGUGUUGACCGUUUCUUUACGGAAUUUUUCGCCAACGUUAAAGCGCGUCUUCGUGAGCUUGGCGUGGAGAAGAAGCAGAAGUGGACACCUGUGGAGAAGGCCUUGCAUAUUGCUUUGCUUGACUGCAAGGAUAAAGUGUUUCGCGCGCUAAGCGACGACAUCAACACGCCGUUGGCGCUGCUACACCUGCAGCUGUUAGCCAAGGAGGUGAAUCGUUACAUGGUGGGAGACAUUGAACAACAGGUGUCGAUGGUAAUUCGUGCUAGCGCGGAGUACAUUACGCGCAUCUUGUCGGUGUUUGGCCUCGUCACGUCGGCAACAGACAUUGGUUUCCCGAUCAGCUCCAGUGGCACAGGCGGUGCUGAUCAAGAGAGUAUACUCACUCCAGUGCUUGACAUUUUUGCACAGUUUCGUGACGAAAUUCGAGAGGCUGCCCGCAUUGCAGCUGCUGAAGACGGUUAUGCGAAGGCUCUGGCUAGUGCGGUGCUGCGUUUGUGCGACGAAGUGCGUGAUGAUAAGCUACCGCAUGCUGGUAUGAGUUGCUCGAGGAGAAUGAGAGAAAAAAAGCAAGAGAAGCUAAAAAAAGAGGAGCAGAAACGCUUGCGACUAGAAGAAGACGCCCGCAAGAAGGCGGAGCUUGUUAAAAAGGCCAAGAUACCUCCGAGCGACAUGUUUUUGGUCAUGAAGGACAAGUAUUCGAAGUUCGACGACAACGGCUUACCGACGCAUGAUGCAGCUGGCGAGCCAUUGAGCAAGGGUCAAACAAAAAAGUUGGUCAAGGAGCAACUGAAGCAAAAGUCAUUGUAUGACAAGUAUAAGAGUAAAUAG